AUGGCGUACAACCUAAGCGUGAAAAGCAAGGCAGCUGGUACUGGCUCGUCUCUCCGAAUCACUCCCACCAACUCUCCCGGUUUAAGACCACCGCGCACCCCCAACAAAGCACCUCAACACCUGUCAACUUUAUCCCUCCAGACGGUAAUUGGUACGACUACAACUUCUCCGCAUGGAUUUUCAUGUCACGAUCAGAGCAAAUCGUUUGCCCUUUGCGCCGGUUCCGCGGCAGUCCUGGCAGAAUUAGACGAGGAGGGCAAUGUGGUCCAACGGUUUUUCAGAGCACGCCCCUCCGCCUCAAGUGUCAACCCUGUCACUUCGUUCUACAAUCAAGCCACUCCUCCCAGCACCCCAGAUACCCGCGUCAGGCCUCUAUCAGCUGCCAAGUCGACGGCGCAUGUCAACGGCUCCCCAGCCAGCGAAUUAGCGGAGAGCAAUAGCAACCGCGCUUGGUCUUCCAGGGAAAGGGUAAAGGCAGUGACAAGUGUCUCGAUAAGUCCAAAUGGGAGAUUCCUUGCUGUGGGCGAGACUGGAUAUGGCCCUAGAGUCUUGAUCUUCUCGACAGCAAGGGACGCCCCUUCCGAUGUCCCACUCUCAAUAUUGAGCGAGCAUACCUUUGGGGUCCGUGGACUUGCGUUCAGCUGCGACUCCCAGUACCUAGCUACACUUGGCGAUACCAAUGACGGGUUUCUUUUCGUUUGGUCGAUCAAUCUGAGAAGUGGCGCCGCCAAGCUCCAUUCAACUAAUAAGUGCAUGUCUUCGAUACGGGACAUGUGUUUCAUGGGCCAAACCCUGAUCACGGUCGGAGUUCGACAUGUGAAAGUGUGGAGGCUGCCGGAAGCAAGACCGGGGUCGCCUUCCAAGUCUCGCCUCAAUGUGGAGUCUGCCCCUAGCUCGCCCAGUUUUGCGCCAAGAGCGCUGUCUGGGAGAAAUUGCCUACUGGGGUCUUUAGCGGAAAGCACGUUUACAAGUGUGGCAAGCGUUUCGGAUCGCGAGGCUGUAGUUGGCACAGAUACGGGCGCCCUGUGUUUACUCAAUGACGGGGAGGGUUCUCAGAAAAUAUCUCUCGUCGAGAAUGUUGGUUUUAGCAUCACUUCCCUGAUGACCGACCUCGAUCGUUGCUGUGUAUGGGUUGGCGGUCGAGGAAGACGGAUGCAGAAAUACUCCUUUGAUGUUUUACGGUCGUCUGCCGCUCCCUUAUCUCCGGGUCUUUCUGAAACUUCCUCUGGGGAACAGAAAUGCAAAGGGCCAGCCAUCACGUGCAUGGGAUCUCUAACGACCCACAUGGUAACCAUUGAUACUACCAGAGCGAUUCAUAUAUACCCCAUCGAAGCAAUGGAUAGUGAUGACGAGCAGAGUCAUGUUGAGACCACGAUGCCUGCCCAUCGAGACGCUGUGCUUGGAAUCGGGCCGUUGAAAGUUCCCAAUACUCUGCAGGCCGACUUCUUCACAUGGUCAUGUAGGGGUAGAGUGAAUUUCUGGGACUGUCACGGCAAGUGUCGGGAUUCUCGAAUCAUCCCUCUGGAGCAAGUCCCAGGCGUAGAUGAGGAAGCCUCCAACGAAUUGAAGGUGGUAAAGGCCACUGAGGAGAUGGAUCUUUUCGUUUCGGGCGAUAAAUUCGGUGUCUUGCGGGUUUUAGACGGGGAGUCUUGGAAGUGCAUGCAUGAAACGCGCGCUCAUGGAGGCGAAGUCACUGAUAUUGCGUUGAACGCAAGCCCUGGCUCUUGUCUCAUCGCCAGCUGCGGUCGUGAUCGCAUGGUGCAGCUAUUUCAGAAAACAGAAAGCGGCCUAGAUUUAGUCCAAACAAUGGAUGACCAUGUAGGGGCUGUGGGGCAGCUCCUCUUUGUGAAUAAUGGUGAGCACCUUCUCUCAUCUUCUGCAGAUCGCACGGUACUCAUCCGAGAGCGUGUGACCCGAGAGGCCGAUGAUGGUGUUUCUGUUGCGUAUUUGAUUUCCAAAGUCAUCACAUUGAAAACAUCCCCGGUGUCUAUGACCUUGUCCACGCAUGACGCAGAUAUCCUCGUCAUAUCCACCGCGGACCGCUGUAUACAUCAAUAUGAGAUACCUUCCGGCCGGCAUCUCCAAUCCUUUCGUGCCAUUGACUCCGAUUCGAACGAUGCGGUUGUUAUGGGUUCAUUGACAGUAGCUGGGGAAAUCAUGGGACAGAGCCCAAAGCUACUCAUCGGAGUGUCAAGCACGGACAAGUCCAUUCGUGUCUAUGAUCUCGAGAGAGGUGUCCUGCUUACAGGCGAAUUUGGUCACACAGAGGGUGUCAGUGACGUGCGCUUGCUAGAAAGGCACCCUGACCCGUCCAGUCGAUCCACCGUACGUACCUUGAUAAGCUCGGGUAUUGACGGUGUUGUGAUGAUGUGGAAUAUAUCAGUACAGCCUCUGCAGUCUCAAGAAAUGGCAAGAACCACCUCCAGGGAGGAGGACGAGGGCUCAAAGGAGAUGACGCUUUCCAAACCUCCUAUACGAAAAGUAUUGUCUAAAAAUGAACUUGCGGGAUUCCGACAGGAGAAUGGAAUAGGUUCCUCCACCCCUACGCGCGAUCAAUCCCCGCCGUUGAUCCGCAAACUCUCAAAACCUCCUUUCGCGCACUCUUCAGGCAAGAAUGGGAACGCCACGCCAGCGACGCCCACUCCCGCGUCAGCACGUGGCUCCAGCUCUCGUCUUGAGAGGUCACGCCGAACACCCUCCCCUCCUAGCCCUAAGUCAACCCCAGCGAAGAAGACGAGCAAUUUAAGCCACAGCAACCACCGCUCACCCCUUGACUUUCGAUGCCGUACCAAACACAGCGGGAAAACCGAGCUAGGUAGCCUCAACGUAUCUACUGAGCAAGUCUGCCGCACGCUGAGAGCGUACAGAAAAAAGCUCAAUGGCACGAAUGCAAACCCGCAGGCUCAAAAGGAGUUGGAACGAGAAUUAGGACUAACACUUCGAGUUUUACACUCUCGCGCAAAAGGCUGUGAGAGCACUGAAACGGAGACGGACAGCAGUGGCAAAGAAAAUGAAAGCUUGAACACAGGUGUGCCUCCGGUACGUGAUCUCGAUAUCCAUCUUCCGUGCCCAACUCCUAACCUGAAUUAG